AUGGUGAUGGUGUUCAAGGAUCUACAAAGAGACGCCGGAAAGGAGAGACCGUUCCGCUUGGACAAAGAUGGCAAUCCUAAGCAGCAGGGGUGCAUUGCCUGCUACAAGGCAAUCACAGAAGGCUGCAGCAAGGAGUGGGAUGACGGCAUCAGGAUCUACCAUGACAAGUCCCACCCAGAGAAUUCACAAGUGCGCAGGGACGCAGAUGAGUCCACCCUUUGCCAGGAGCGUCCAGAAGCUGGCAAGGAAGUCAACUUCAAGCCGCCAAGCCAAGUUUGUACUACUACAAGCACUGGCCGCACCCACUACUAUGAGUGUGCCUUCAUUGGGGAGGCAGAGCUGGUCAAAUUCACAGGGCUUGGACACAAAGCGUUGAAACUCGAGAUGGUGAGACGCCAGAACGAAGACGGCUCAGGCACGUCCGAAGGCAUUUACAUCUCAUUUGCAGACUUGGGACCUUUGCCGCUCAAUGAGGUUUUAGCAUUGAGGAGAACAAGGGUUUGGAUUGAUGAGACCCAGAACCACACACAGGAGAUUUUGGCUCCUGCCAACCAGAUGUGCAAGAACCAAGGCAAGAAUGUCUUUGGCCUUGCACGGGAGGCUGAGGUUCGAAGCAGGCCUUCACAUUUGACCAGCAGUGGCCGAGACUACCUGCCGACCUUGACUUCUUUGAUCGACAAAGCCAACAAGAUCAUUGAACAACGAAGAGAAAAGGCGAACAAAGCGACAGUGAAGGGAGAAGGAGAUGAGAAUGAUGAUGGGGGCACCCCUGCAAUCGACUUAGAAGAUGAGCAAGACGGAAUUUGUUUGGGCAACCAGGCAGCCGAGGCCAAUCAAUCUGCACCCAAGAAAUCCCAAGCGAGAAAAAAAACAGCAAAGAAAGGAGGACAAGAUGACCGCUCACCCAGCCCCAGAGCACGAAAAACGUCAUCAAGUGCUGCCGUGGGCAAGUCGCACUAUGAGGCUAGGAUGGACCCGGAGACAGCAAAGAAGCUUAAAGAACAGGACCCUGACUUGAGCGAGGUGGCAAAUCGGCUGGGCUACGUUCCAGAGUCUUUCUUCAAGAUUUCGAUCGACGCCUGCUUCCUUCAAAAGAAUGGCAGAUCGAUUUAUCAGGCUCGACGAGUUCUGUCCCGCUUGGAAGACGCCGGAGCCCGGCAAGCAUUGACAUUGCGACAGAGGAUCAAGUACUGCGACUUUGCCCAGGUUCUGGCCAAUCUGCUGAGCAAGAAUCCGAAGACCAUUCCAACUGAUGCAAAGGUGCGAGAAGCCUUGAAUGGAUUGGCCCAGCAGAAUACCACAGUGCCGUUUGAGAUCCAGCUGGCAAUCACAGAAAAAUAUGCCAAAGACACCCUGGCAAGCGUGCAGAAAGCUUGGGAAAAAUACCACAACACAGAAGAGGAGGAACACCGCAGUGAAGCCGAGACUAUGUAUCGAGAAUUCGUUGACCUGAUCAUUCCAUUCCCAGAUGGAGAUGAGCGAGCCGAUGAAUUUGACCCCGUCAAACCCAGGAUCUCAUCAUUGAUUUCCUUCCUGCAAGAUGCAGAACAGUCACAGCUGGUGGAGAUCAAGUACAACCCCACCAACCAGGCUUUUGACCCUGAUGCCAAGAGGGGAGAGGAAGCGGAAGACAAAGAGGAGGAGGAGGAAUUAUCACGUGCAGAUCUUAUCGAGCACAUGUGGAAGGACGGACCUGACAACCAAUUCAUGUUGAACUGGCAGGCUCUUGCAAAUUGCAUUCAUGAAAGCCUGGCUUGCGAUUGCUUCGUGCAGAUGAUGGAGAACCCCGAGGUGCAUGCUCCAGUCAUCGAGGCUCUCUUGGUGAAGCUGGUAAAAGGAUUGACUACGGACCGUGCGGUGAAAGACCUCGCCGCAAUCAAUGACACGAGUCCCUCCAAUGUGCCGGACGUCUACCAGUGCCUUCUUGAAGUUGGCAAAGCCUUGCUAGCCGUGCUGCUGGUCAGCCCAGAGGCAUUUGGAGUGAGUGCAAAAGAUUUGGUUCCACUCAGCAGUUCAUCAUCGGGCUCUACCACAAUCUUCAAGUUGCUUUCGAGCGUCAUGAUUGUCAUGCAGGACUCGCAAUGGUGGGUGGAAGCUUUGACAGAAACCCGCAGAGUGGCUGGUAGCUCAAAGGAAUGGUAUCCCAAACUCACGGCUCACACAGAGGCGAUGUCAAAUGCGCUGGGGCAGUGCGAGGAUGCAUCGGCCAUUCCUGCAUUUGUGGCUUGCAUCGGCGAUUUGGCAGAUAUUCAAGACAACUUGAAAACUGGUGCCACAGAUGACUUGGUCCAGCAUCUUCCGGUGCUUGCAUCCAAGUUGGGCAAGUACGCGAUUCACUGCAAAGAUCCCAGCGAGGUUGACAUUCAGCAGGUGGAGCAGUUCAUUGAAUGCUUGCAGUUUUUUGAUCACGAUCGUGGUCUCAUGUCCCUUCGGCAAGAUCUGAAAAAGUGGCAUGCGAAGACGCAGCGGGAUGCUGUUUGGAAGAGCGCGCAGCAGCUGCUGCAAACAGCUCGUCAGGAUCAUUCGUCUACUGGGGAGGUGAAGUAUGACUGGCAGAAGUUUGAAGCUUCCAUGCUCAAAUUGGACGACCUUCCUGCAGAGUUGCUGGAGACUUUGAGCGGUGAUGGACUUUACUUCUUGCUUGAGGGCGUGCGACAGCAGGACGGCUUGGGUGGGGUUGUUUGCAGUGUUGGUUCUUUGUCCGGGCCCGUGUCAAGUUUGAACUUUGAACUAUAA